AUGUCAGAGCCUGUGGUGCCGCUGCUCACACUGCAGUACCAGGACCCUCCCUACAAACUGGAGCUGCAGCAGCCAGCAGUGGUCCCUUUGCCCUCGGCGCCUCUCUUGACUAACGCCAGGGGGCGCUGCGGCACCCCGCGCCUCCCUCGCGAUGACUGUAGUUUCGUCCUAGUGCCACCAGAGGGUACUCGCGGGCAGAAUCCGACGAGGCCCACAGUGGGAGGCUCUCGCUCCCGCCUGAAACCCCCGCCGCCCCCUCCGCCGCUGCACUUCUCAGAGACUUUCCCGAGUCUGCCGGCAGAGGGGAAGGUGUACAGCUCAGAUGAGGACAAGUUGGAGGCCCCAGCAGGAGACCCAGCAGGCAGCGAGCAGGAGGAAGAGGGCUCAGGCGGUGACAGCGAGGACAGCUUCCUGGACAGUUCUGCAGGGGGCCCAGGGGCUCUUCUGGGACCUAAACCGAAGCUAAAGGGAAGCCUGGGGACUGGCGCUGAUGAGGGGGCACCAGUGGCCACAGGGGUCACCACGCCAGGGGGGAAAAGCCGAAGGCGGCGCACAGCCUUCACCAGUGAGCAGCUUUUGGAGCUGGAGAAGGAGUUUCACUGCAAGAAAUACCUGAGCCUGACAGAGCGCUCCCAGAUCGCCCAUGCCCUCAAGCUCAGUGAGGUGCAGGUAAAGAUCUGGUUUCAGAACCGCCGGGCCAAGUGGAAGCGCAUCAAGGCUGGCAAUGUGAGCAGCCGUUCCGGGGAGCCCGUGAGAAACCCCAAGAUUGUGGUGCCCAUACCUGUGCAUGUCAACAGGUUUGCUGUGCGCAGCCAGCACCAACAGAUGGAGCAGGGAGCCCGGCCCUGA